CUAACACACCCAAAAACCAUCCACCCCUUUUGUAGCUAGCAAAACUGUACACGAAUAGUUUACAUAAGUGUCAUGCAAUAGCUAUAUGGCCGAGAUAAAAGAUUGUGAACAAGAGUACAUAUUCCAAAGUGUUCAACUCUUCAAGAAUGAUACCCUUGGUACUGGCUCCUACGGGGCAGUGUGUAAAGCCAAGUGUGAUGAGCUAUUCUGUGCUGCCAAGCUACUCUAUCCAGUGCUCUUCCAAAUGAUUGCUCCUGAUAAUGGCAAAGAACACAGGCGCCCGUUUAGAAGAUUUGAAAAAGAGUGUGCAUUUCUGAAACGUAUCAACCACCCUAACAUUGUACAGUACUUAGGGACCUAUCGCGAUCCAGACACAAAUGCACCAGUUCUUCUCAUGGAGCUCAUGGACGAGAGUCUGACACACUUCCUGGAGUCAUCACCUGGAGACAUUCCCUACAACAUCCAAGUCAACCUUUCCUAUGACAUAGCUCAGGCACUAGCCUUUCUCCACUCCAAUGGGAUCAUUCAUCGCGACCUCUCCAGCAACAAUGUUCUACUGAUUGCAGGCACUCGAGCCAAAGUCACCGAUUUCGGAAUGUCCAAAUUCACGGACAUAAAUGUCACACGACUAGCCACAUUGACCGGAUGCCCGGGAACACCAGCCUUCAUGUCUCCUGAGGCACUAAACGAACCACCAGUAUACACAGAGAAACUAGACAAUUUCUCAUUUGGUGUGCUGCUAGUGCAGAUAACAACACGACAAUUUCCAAAGCCAACAGAUCGAUUUGACACCAUUCAACUUCCCGAUCCACGAAGUCCAGGUCGCACAGUUGAAGCUAAAUUGCCGAUUCAAGAACUUGACAGACGACAAUCCCAUAUCAGCUUGAUUGAGCCCACCCACCCUCUACUGCCGAUUGCUUGUUACUGCCUCAAAGACAGAGAUGUUGAAAGACCAUCUUCCCAAGAGCUUUGCCAAACACUGGAUGAUCUCAAAAUGACACCACAGUACCAGGAAAGCUCCCAACAAUACCUGAACCCGAUCCUCAGAGAGAAAGAUGAACAACUACAAGCAAAGCAACAGAUGAUAACAGAAAAUCGAGAGCUGAUGAGAGAAAUGAAUGAACAAAUUACACAAAAAGACACACAGCUAAAAACAAAUCGAGAAAUUAUAACGCAAAAAAAUGAACAGUUGCAAACAAAUGAAAUUGAAAAUGGUCAAAUCAUUAAAAGAAUAGGCCAAGCAACACAAAAAAACGAAACCCUCCAGCAAGACAAAGCAACCCUUAAACAUGAGGCUGAAGCGAGGGAGAGACAGCUGAGGAAACUCAACCAGGAGUUGCAAUCAAGUGAGGAAAAAACUGCUGCCCUCCGACAAGUCAUCGAUCAACGAGACAGAGAAGUGACUGAAUUGAGACAAACGUUAGCGAGUAAGAGUGAGGAGAUUCACGAUCUAUCAACUCGAAUGCACCAAGUUGCACUGCAAGAUGCUCAAACUGCACCAAUGAAACUUAUUACAACAGAGUCGCUACCUGAUGCACCUGUGGAUAUUGGGUACGGAUCCUCAACCGUGAUUGGAAACAAGGCAUACUUUAAUUCGUAUGGAAGUGAAACUAUUUAUGAGUUUAGCAACAAUCAGUGGCACGAGUUACCACAACGCCCUAACGCAAUGCUCACUAUCGUCAGUGUUGAUGACAUACUCACAACUGUGGGGGGAGGGUCAGUCACACAACCUUAUAGUAGCAAACUCUACUGCUACAUUAACAACAAAUGGGUCGAACACUUUCCUCCCAUGCCAACAAGACGGAGGGGGCCUGGAGCUGUGUACGCUAACAACACACUUGUAGUGGCUGGGGGAUUUUGCGAUUUAAUGAAUUUAAAUACAGUCGAAAUAUUAAACACUGUUAACAUGCAAUGGUCUAUUGUUAGCUCACUACCUGUGCCAACUCAUCAACCAUCAUCAACGAUCUGUGGAGACUAUAUGUACAUACAUUCAAGAACUAUUGAUCAAGAGAUGUAUUCAGUGUACAAAUGUUCAUUAAGACAACUAACUCAGUCCCAGCCAAGCUCAGCUGUAUGGGAGAAGGUGGUCUCUUUGCCAGUUAGUUAUUCCUCUCUUGUUACCAUCAAUGGUCACCUGCUGGCAGUAGGUGGGUGGGACUCCAAAAGAGAUAAGACUAAGGACAUAUAUCAGUACAACAUGAUAUCUUGGACUGUCAUUAGUCAAAUGUUGACACCUCAAUAUGGAUGCGUCACAGCUGCCCUUCCUGGGAACAAACUGAUGGUUGUGGGAGGACAUGGUGCACCAAGAAAAUGUGAAAUAGCUACCUUUGCCUAAUUUUUGUGUGUCUUAUUGUAUACGUGAAUCCCUUGUAUGUUGAGAGUUGUCGCGUUUUAUUGAUCUACAUAAAGCA